GUGCAUUUCUCCCUCCCUGGAGCCGGGCCUCUGGCUCUGGCUCUGGCUCUGGCUCUCCUGUGCAGCAGUGACCAUGGAGUGGGUCAAUGAGACUCUGGUGAGAGAGUUUGUCUUCCUCGGCUUCUCCUCUCUAGCCGGGUUGCAGCAGCUGCUCUUUGUUGUCUUCCUGCUCGUCUACCUGUUCACUCUGGGCACCAACGCCAUCAUCAUUUCCACCAUUGUGCUGGACAGAGCCCUGCACACCCCCAUGUACUUCUUCCUUGCUGUACUCUCCUGCUCUGAGACUUGCUACACCUUCGUCAUUGUACCCAAGAUGCUGGUGGACCUGCUGGCCCAGAAGAAGACCAUCUCCUUCCUGGGCUGUGCCAUCCAGAUGUUUUCCUUCCUCUUCCUUAUCUGCUCUCACUCCUUCCUGCUGGCAGCCAUGAGUUAUGAUCGCUACGUGGCCAUCUGUAACCCUCUGCGCUACACGGUGCUCAUGGGACAUGGGGUGUGUGUGGGACUAGUGGCUGCUGCCUGUUUCUGUGGCUUCACUGUCUCAUUGGUCACCACCUCGCUGGUAUUUCGCCUGCCCUUCCACUCCUCCAACCAGCUCCAUCACUUCUUCUGUGAUAUCUCUCCUGUCCUCAAGCUGGCAUCUCAUCGUUCUCGCCUCAGUCAGUUGGUCAUAUUCAUGCUCGGUGUGUUUGUCUUGGUUAUUCCACUGUUACUCAUCAUGGUCUCCUAUGUCCGCAUCAUCUCUGCCGUUCUAAAAAUUCCUUCGACUGUUGGAAGAUACAAAGCCUUCUCUACCUGUGCCUCCCAUCUCAUUGUGGUAACUGUUCAUUAUGGUUGUGCCUCUUUCAUUUAUUUAAGGCCCAAAUCUAAUUACUCUUCAAGUCAAGACACUCUAAUAUCAGUGUCCUAUACCAUCCUCACUCCUCUGUUCAAUCCAAUGAUUUACAGUCUAAGAAAUAAGGAAUUCAAAUCAGCCCUUCGAAGAGCAAUCAUCCAGACUUCAUAUCCUGUUAAUUAAAAAGCCAAUUUU